AUGGCUCGCCAAUCCAGUAUCGAUCUAGACUCGCCCGAUCGCCCGUUCGAUAACAUCAUCAACUUCCGCGAUGUCGGCCGAACGAUCAACCAUUUCUGCGGCGCAGAAGUUCUUAAAGAGGGUAUUCUCUACCGCAGCGCUAGGCCCGACGAUGCCUCCGAGCGCGACAAGCGGCGUCUCGCCGAGGAACUGCACAUUGCUACGGUAAUCGAUCUACGAUCACAAACAGAACACCAAAUGGCGACUCGCAAACGGCGCGCAGAGAUCGCCAGCGCAGGUUCACCCCCCGACGACAUCGACUUGACAUCGGCGCCCGUACCUGCCGAGCCGGACGAACACAUCUGCAAGAUUCCCGACUCUCAGCGCCUGUUCAUCAGUCUAACGGGCAAAUCCUUUGAACGGGCUUUGCUCAGUAAACUCGAUUGGCCCAGUUAUCUCCGCGUCAUCACCCUCGCCCUAACAGGCUACCGCCCAGACGCAAUCCGCCUAAUCGGCGAAACGGUCAUGCAACCCCGCGGCCUAACCGGCCUCGCCCAAGAUACCCUCGAAUCCAGCAUCCCCGAAUUCCGCUCCAUCUUCACCACCCUCGCCACAUCCACCGCCUACCCAAUCCUCAUCCACUGCACCCAAGGCAAAGACCGCACGGGGAUAAUUAUCCUGCUGGCCCUGCUCCUUGCGGGCGUCCGCAUGGACGCAGUCGCGGAUGACUAUACCCGGUCGGAAUUGGAGCUUGUGCCGGAAUUUGAGGAGCGCAUGCGCGAGAUUAGGGUGCUUGGAUUGGGGGAGGAGUAUACGAGGUGUCCGCCGGAUUAUGUGCCGGAUAUGAUUGGGUUUUUGGAGAGGAGGUAUGGUGGGGUGAGGGGGUAUUUGGAGAGGAUUGGGAUUGAUGGGGGGAUGCAGGAAUUGAUACGACAGAAACUUUUGAAUCAGGUUUGA